GUUAAUUAAUUAAUUAAUCGAAGCACACAUCAAAAUCUCUCUCUCUCUCUCUCUCUCUCUCUCUUUCUUUCUAUCCGUUCUUUUUAUUUUUCUCAUUCUCAUCAUCAUAGCGACAUUUACACAUCACACUCUCUGUUUUCCUCUCUCUUUCUUUCCCUUUAAUUCAAUUCAGAUCUAGCUUUUCAUAAUUCAUAAUGCAACUUCAAUAACACUAUUAUUAUUCACUACUACUGAUUAAUCAAUUUUGUAUAAUAACAAAAUCUGAAAUUCGAGUAAUGAUGUCAAGAAGACCGGGUAAUCCUUCUAGAAGAUUCGGCGAUGGCAAAUCGAAAUCGUCACCAGUUUUGUCAAUUGGUCUUAUAGUUGUGGGAGCUUUGUUUAUCGUUGGUUACGUGUACAGAGGCUCAGGUGGAAUUGGAAGCCGUUUAGAUUCUGUUAGCAGGGUUGAAGGUGAUUAUUUGUGCAGUGGAGAGGUCCAACGAGCAAUUCCUGUUUUGCAGAAAGCAUAUGGAGAUAGCAUGCAUAAAGUUUUGCAUGUUGGUCCUGAUACUUGCUAUGUGGUCUCUAAAUUGCAAAAGGAGGAUGAAACUGAAGCCUGGGGUAUAGAACCGUAUGAUAUAGAGGAUGCUGAUAGUACUUGCAAAUCACUAAUCCGUAGAGGCAAUGUGCGUGUUGCUGAUAUCAAGUUUCCUCUUCCAUAUAGGCCAAAAUCUUUCUCUCUUGUAAUUGUUUCAGAUACUCUGGAUUACCUAUCCCCCAGAUACCUCAAUAAAACUCUUCCAGAUUUGGUGAGGGUAUCAGCUGAUGGUUUAGUGAUAUUUACUGGUUUUCCAUCUAAUCAGAAGGCCAAGGUAGCAGAUGUUUCUAAAUUUGGAAGAGCGGCCAAGAUGAGGAGUGGAUCCUGGUGGGUCAAGUUUUUCCUUCAAAACAACUUAGAGGAGAAUGAAGCUAUUAAUAAGAAGUUUGAGCAAGCUUCAACGCAGAGUUCAUUUGUUCCAAAAUGCCAGAUAUUCCACUUGAAGUCACUCCAUUGAUUUGUGAGUUUAUUAAUUGAGUAGCAUUGCAGCACAGAUAGUUGCUGCUUCAUUUUCAUCUAAAAUAUUUUCUUCGAUAAAGGUAAUUUAAUUCAUUGAUGAAUAUUCGCCAUGGAUGGUGUAUCACUUUUGUUGUUGCUUGAAAUAGAUAUUUAUUCUUUGAAAUACCAAUUCUUGGCGGCUAAGGAUAUCCAUUUGGUAUUUAACUAAAUUAUAAGUUCAAUUAGAUAAUCUAUAAGGACAUAUAAUUAAAGUGGCAGUGGCUGUUGUAGUUGUACUUAAGUGACACUCCUUUUUUUUUUUUGGUUCUUGAAAUAUAAAUUGAGUAUUUGUUAUA